UCUGUAGAUACUAGAAAAAAAUGUAUACUGUAUAUAAUUUUUUUUGAUACAGUAUUACAGAAAACGUUGGAUAGUAUUGAUACGCAGAUCAAUGCAUUGUUUGUAAUUUUUUUUUAAAUAUUGACACACUUACUAUUUUCAUUUUAAACUCUGGGGGCCGCUGUAAGUCUUUGCAGCAAAUAUAAAGCUUAUGAAAAGGAGCUACACCUCCGAAGUCUGACUUAGUGUUCCGCGGAGGGCAGGACGUUCGCUUUUUUAUUUUCAUCAGCGGUUUCUCCUCUUAAGCGUGCGGUGCAUCCCGACUGGAUCAUACAGGAAAAUAAAUCACAGGCUAUACUGUCUGACAAUUAGSACUUUGGACGGAGAUUCCCUAGUAUUUGGACUAUUCUAUCGGGAAUAUGCAUUUUAUCAGCACGGAACACGCAGUUAAAUGGCAAGUACAGGCCUUCCUCCUUAUUUUUUUCAUCGAAUCCACCGUUUGCCAGAUCCGCUACUCCGUCCCGGAGGAAAUGAGAAAGGGCUCAUUUGUGGGAAAUGUAGCUGAGGACUUGGGUGUCGACGCUAACAGAUUAAAAUUAGGUGGUGCCCGAAUUGUUAGCGGUGAUAGCAGCGAGUACAUUAAGCUUGAUGUAGACAAAGGGAAUCUGGUGGUGGGAAACAGGAUAGACAGAGAGCAGCUCUGUGGGCAGACGUCGCCCUGUAGCCUGAAUUUUGAGAUGAUUCUGACAAAUCCGAUGCAGCUGCAUAGCGUUGUAGUUGAAGUGGUAGACAUUAAUGACAAUGCGCCCACAUUUCAUGAAAAGGAAAUGCACGUAGAGGUCCUUGAAUCAGCUCUUCCAGGAACAGAAAUAUUACAAAUGAGCGCCACAGAUCAAGAUGUCGGUAUCAACGCUUUGCACGGUUAUGCCUUACAUCCGACGACUAAUUUUAACAUUAAAGUUCUCUCCAGCCCGAAUGGCCAWAAAUAUGCACAGCURUAYCUUUCURAKGCUUUAGAUCGAGAAAAARAUGGRAAACUACUUUUAACACUCUCUGCUGUUGACGGGGGUGAACCGCAACGAUCAGGAAGCCUAAAAAUACACGUYACUGUUCUAGACACAAAUGACAAUGCCCCCGUUUUUAUGCAACAMAAUUUWAAGGCUUCUGUCAAAGAAAAURUUCCAGAAGGAUCUUUARUAUUGAGCUUGAGCGCAACAGAUGCAGAUGAAGGGAAGAACGGACACGUCACMUAUCAUUUUAAUCAYAUGUCCAAUAAGAUUGCYGARAUUUUCMAUCUGGAUGAAAACAGCGGCGAUUUAACUGUKAGGRGAAAAAUUGACUAUGAAGAAAAUAAAUUGUAYGAAAUUGGGGUUCAAGCAAAGGAUCAAGGCGGACAAAGCACAUCCACGAACGUAAUAAUUGAGGUAAUAGAUGUGAAUGACAAUGCGCCUUUAAUAACGCUUACCUCGUUUUCUAAUACRAUCCCCGAAGAUUCUCCUAGUGGAACCACUGUUGCUAUAAUAAACGUUAAAGAUUUAGAUUCGGGCAAAAAUGGAAAGGUGGACUGCUCCGUUAAUGGCAAUAUCCCGUUCGCAAUACAGUCAUCGCUUAAGAACUAUUACACUCUUGUCACAAACGGUGUUCUGGACAGAGAACAGAGGCCUGAAUAUAACAUCACUUUUACGGCUGUGGAUGAAGGAACUCCGCCGCUUUCUAMKAACAAGACUAUAACRCUKAGAAUWUCAGACAUAAAUGAUAACGCCCCUCUAUUUGAAAAYGAUUUUUAUGAAGCUAGUAUCGUGGARAAUAAUUCCCCGGGUUUGUCAGUGUUUUCUCUAAARGCGCAUGACUCUGAUUCAGGACARAAUGCCMGAGUGUCUUAUCUACUUAUCGAUACUGAGCUACAUGGUAGCCMCAUAUCUAGCUACGUAUCAGUAAACGCAGAAACUGGUGUUAUACAAGCACUUCGAUCAUUUGACUACGAGCAAAUUAAAAAAAUAAACAUUCACCUAAAAGGUCAGGAUGGAGGUUCGCCACCAUUAAGCAGCAACACAACAGUUAUAUUAAAUAUUCUCGAUCAGAAUGAUAACCCCCCUCAGGUUCUGUACCCAGUCCAGACKGGKGGCUCCAUGGUGGCWGAAAUGGUGCCUCGUUCAGCAGAUGUGGGCUACCUGGUGACUAAGGUGGUGGCUGUGGAUGUGGACUCUGGACAGAAUGCCUGGCUCUCCUAUAAACUCCAGAAAGCCACAGACAGAGCGCUGUUUGAAACUCUAAGGGACGCUGUUGGCCAGGAAAACAUUUGA